GCAUAUAAACCCCGCCGUCAAGCCGGCUUCAAAACGCAGUCUCUCUCUUCCUAAAACGAACAACAGCUCGAAUGUUAAGAGCUGGACUCCGAUUAGGCACCAUGUCCGCUUCUGCCAUGGUGUCAUAUUCGUCGUCAACAUCGUCAUCACUUUCACUUGCCCGGAAAAGCCCUAAGUCGCUUUUCCCUUCGAAUUCCAAUCUCUACAAUGGAGUUUCGAACAGUCGUGUCACUUUCUCCACUCCAUUCGUCCGUGCUGUUACGCUUCGAUGCCUCGCGUCUUCGAGUGGCUUUGACAGAGUGAAAGUUCAGAAUCCUGUCGUUGAAAUGGAUGGUGAUGAGAUGACAAGGAUCAUUUGGACAAUGAUAAAGGAUAAACUUAUAUUUCCUCAUCUAGAUUUGGACAUAAAAUAUUUUGAUUUAGGGAUACUGAACCGUGAUGCAACUGACGACAAAGUUACUGUAGAAAGUGCUGAAGCAGCUCUUAAGUAUAACGUUGCCAUUAAAUGUGCCACCAUAACUCCUGAUGAGACCAGAGUGAAGGAGUUUGCCCUGAAGUCUAUGUGGAGGAGUCCAAAUGGCACGAUCAGGAACAUUCUAAAUGGAACUGUUUUUCGUGAACCUAUCUUAUGCCAUAAUAUUCCAAGAAUUGUACCUGGUUGGAAGAAGCCCAUAUGUAUUGGUAGGCAUGCCUUUGGUGAUCAGUACCGUGCAACAGAUACAAUUAUUAAAGGGCCAGGAAAGCUUAAAGUGGUUUUUGUCCCAGAAGAUGGACAGACCCCUGUGGAACUUGAUGUGUAUAACUUUAAAGGCCCAGGUGUAGCACUUGCUAUGUACAAUGUUGAUGAGUCUAUUCGAGCUUUUGCUGAGUCAUCAAUGACAUUGGCAUUUGCAAAGAAGUGGCCACUUUAUCUGAGCACCAAAAAUACAAUUCUUAAAAAAUAUGAUGGCAGGUUUAAGGACAUAUUUGAAGAGGUCUAUCAGGAGAAAUGGAAGCAUAAGUUUGAAGAACAUUCAAUAUGGUAUGAGCAUCGGCUAAUUGAUGAUAUGGUGGCAUAUGCUCUAAAAAGUGAAGGUGGAUAUGUUUGGGCAUGUAAGAAUUAUGAUGGAGAUGUCCAGAGUGAUUUACUUGCUCAAGGAUUUGGUUCUCUGGGCCUCAUGACUUCUGUCUUGCUGUCCUCUGAUGGGAAAACGUUAGAAGCUGAAGCAGCUCAUGGUACCGUAACUCGACAUUUCCGACUGCAUCAGAAGGGACAAGAAACCAGCACUAACAGCAUUGCUUCCAUAUUUGCAUGGACACGUGGCCUAGAACACAGGGCAAAACUGGAUAAGAAUGAAAGGCUGCUAGAUUUUGUUCACAAGUUGGAGGCUGCAUGCAUUGAGACUGUUGAGGCGGGGAAAAUGACAAAGGAUCUGGCUAUUUUAAUCCAUGGACACAAGGUAACAAGGGACUUGUACUUGAAUACCGAAGAAUUUAUUGAUGCUGUUGCUUCAAAUCUUCAAUCGAAACUUAGGGAGCCUGCAAAUGUGUAAGUAGACACUUACUUUCAUCAAGGCUAAAAUUCAAGGGCUUUGGAGGAUGAAAAGGAUUUUUUGGAGACACGUGCUAUCCCCACUGAUAGGUCUUAUCUUGUUGAAUUAAAUAAAUCUCAAUUAGAUUUAUACGUCCACUAGAGCUGCUGAUUAAGGCCAUUUGCCAUGUAACACGGGGAACUUUAAAUCCUCAAAGAACGUGACCCAUUUUUACAUGCUGGACGUGUUUAGUUUAGACUAGAACUAGUUCCAGUAUCUCCUAAUGGUCUGUAUUUAGUUCAUGAUAUUGCAAAUAAAUCAUGCCUUAUUUCUUUUGUGGU